GAACGGUCUGGUCAAUAUGUUUGUGAACGAAGAAGAAGAAUAGAUGCGGUAGCAGAAACAGAUUAACGAUAAGCCCAUCGCGUUUUGACUUCGUCGUCUUGUGUUGAGCGUGUGGAAAGACGAAUUUAAUGCUCCUUGGGUGUAUGUAUGUAUAAACAUCGCGGAAUUUGGCGUUGGGGUUUUGAACUGCGGAAUUGAUUCAUGGCUGCGUCUUCAAGUAGAAGUGGUUAUAGUAGGGGUUCGCGUCAUCAGCGUUGGGAAUCUGAUGAAGGCUACGCCGCCAGACCUAUUCUCGAUCGCGGCGAGAGCUCUUCUUCAGCAACGACGGCAUCGCGGGGUUUCUUUACAAGUUCGCGUGCCGGAGGACGGACGCGUCCUCGCGGUAGCGGGAAUUCGAGGUCGGCGACUCGGAAUCGCGGUGGGAGAUCAUGGUUAGUGAAGAAUCUGGAGAAAGAACGGCCGGCGGAUUCUGGUGGUGAGUCGAGCACGAUAGAACGGCGGGAGGAUCCUUGUCGUGAGUCGAGCACGAUUCCGAAACUUGAUCUGGAUCGCGGUUGUGUGGACGGCGGCGAUGGAGUUUCUGGCAGUGCGUCGGGAUUAGAUCGAGAUUCUGAUAAUGGUGAAAUUAGGGCGGGUGGAAGGUCAGGUUCGGUUGAUGUGUUCGACGAGGAUAAGUCUAUCAGAAGACUGGAGGAGCUCAGACUGAGAGCCGGAGAAGCACCGGAGUUGUCGGAGGAGAUGCUGAGCGCCAACAAACAGCUACAGGAAGAUGAGCUAUUAGCCCUGGAAUCUAUUUAUGUUGACAACAUUUUCAUCCUGGAUGAUCAAAGUGGCUUAAAGUGUUUCCAGGUUCAUAUUCAUGUUGAAGCACCCAAAGGACUUAAAAUCACUGCAAAGUUUGACUCCUCCAGUUUCCAGGGGAAAAGAGAUGAUGAUUCGUCCGAUUUUUCAUACUCUUUUCAAGUUGAAUAUCUCUCACCAAUUAUAUUAACAUGUCUAUUACCUAAACUGUACCCAAGCAAAUGCCCUCCUUUGUUUACCAUAUACGUUCCGUGGUUGAGAUCUUCUAAAAUUUCUGAACUCUGCUACAAGCUAGAUUUAAUCUCAGCUGAACAGGGUGGGCAGGAAGUUAUAUAUCAAUGGGUGGAAUGGUUGCACAGUAGCACCCUCUCUUACCUUGGUUUUGAAGAUGGGAUAGUUCUUGGACCAUAUGGGGUAAGACAUGAUGCCGAUCGAAGAGCCAUUUCAGGCAGUGUUUCCUUGGACAUUGAUAUUCCUUCAAUAAAAUGCUACAAUGACGAGCAGCACCUUGAGAAUUUCUCCAGAAACAUUAAAAAAUGCUGCAUAUGUUUGAGUGAAUUUUCUGGUUCUGAGUUCAUCAGGCUGCCAUGUCAGCACUUCUUUUGUGAAAAAUGCAUGAAAACAUUUUCCGAUAUUCAUGUCAAGGAAGGGAUGAUAAUAAAACUAAAAUGCCCGGAACAGAAAUGUGAAGGGAUGAUUCCCCCUGGUUUGCUUAAAAGAUUACUCGGUGAUGAAGAGUUUGAACGCUGGGAGUCACUGAUGUUGCAAAAGACACUGGAAUCAAUGAAGGACGUCUUUUACUGCCCCAGAUGCGAAACUGCCUGUCUGGAGGAUGAAGACAAUCAUGCGCAAUGCUCAAAGUGCUUCUACAGCUUCUGUACACUUUGCAGGGAGCGGCGCCAUGUUGGGGUUACAUGCGUGACACCAGAAAUGAAGCUAUUGAUUUUACAGGAGAGGCAAAACUCAACUUUAAUGAAAGAUGAACAGAGGCGGCGAGAGCAAGAUAUGAUCAAUCAGCUUCUGAGCAUGAAGGAGAUAAACGAAACUACAAAACAAUGCCCUUCUUGCAAGAUGGCCAUAUCUCGAUCCGGAGGUUGCAAUAAGAUGGUGUGCGAUAAUUGCGGGCAAUACUUCUGCUACCGCUGUAACAAGGCCAUCUCCGGAUACGAGCACUUCAGGGACGGGACAUGUGAACUAUUCCCGGUGCAGGAGAUUCGACAGUGGGAAGAAAGGAUGAAUCCUCAGCAAAUUGUUGGUCAAAUUGUGGCUGGCCUAAACCCGGAGCGCGCCCAGCUGUGCCCUAAUUGUCGACAGCCCAACGCCAAGGUAGGCAACAACAAUCAUAUAUUCUGCUGGUCGUGCCAAAACCAUUACUGCUACUUGUGUAAGAAGAUGGUGAGGCGCAGCUCGCAGCAUUACGGCCCCAAGGCUUGCAAGCAACACACCCCCGACUAAAUAUUGGCUAUUGUACGUAUUGUAUUGUUUAUCAUGUCAUCAUUACAUCAUUGUUCUCAAUAAAACUAUAAAUAUAUUGCAUUCAAUCAGAAAAAAAAUAAAAAAUAAAUAAAAGCAUGAACAGAGCUAUCAAA